AAUUGUAGUUUUUGGUGAAAGGUAGUUGUAAAAAAGUGAAAAACGUGAAUUUUUUUUUUUAAAAUAAUUUUUUUGAGUUUUUGGUACUCCGGAAUACAAUUUCAAAUUGUAUUCCGAAUAUUUAUGGCCAAACGCCCAAAAGCGAAAAAAAAUUCUGAAAAAAAGUGAAUAAUUUUUAUGGCCAAACGGCACCUAAGAUUAGAGAAGAAAAGGGCGUGGAGAGCAAAUGUAGCUCGUAAUCUUAAGGAGCUUCGUGUCCUUUUUUCUCCAAUAUCUCCUCAAAGUGCAGUCACCAGAUCGUUUAUUGAGAAGAAUUACAAAGAUCUCAAGACCCAUAGCCCCAAAUUGCCUAUUUUGAUUCGUGAGGCUAAUUCCAUUGACCCUCAGCUGUGGGCCAGAUAUGACCUCGGAGUUGAAAGGGGGAUCCUACUGGACGGCCUGACAGAGGAACAGAUCUCAAAGGUACUUGAGGACCUCAUGAAAGUAGGGGCAUCCCUUAAAUCUUGAUGACAUAAAAUCUGUAAAACAGUCCUGAGUAUCCUGAAGGGGGAGCCUUGGCGUAACUGGUAAAGUUGCUGUCAUGUGACCAGGAGGUCACGGGUUCGAGCCGUGGAAAUAGCCUCUUGCAGAAAUGCAAGGUAAGACUGCGUACAAUAGACCCUUGUGGUCCGGCCCUUCCUCGGACCCCGCGCAUAGCGAGAGCUUAGUGCACCGGACUGUUUUUUUUUUUUUUUUUUUUUUUUUUUUUUUUUUUUUUUUUUUAGUCCUGAGUAUCCUCAGUAUAGUGCUUUUAGAAUAAUCUUAGUUGACUCCGUUAUUGUGAGUCAGCUAUAAUAUGAAUCAACACUUGCCAACUUGGUCAUAGUUGCUGUCCAAACGCCAAUAACCAUAAUAUGCAUACGCAUGCAACUUCAGAUAUUUGGAUUUUAUAUACUUUGGUUUUUCUAUUUGGAAAGCCAAGCUUUGAAAUUGUCUGCUUUUAUAGAAGCAUAACAUCAUUUCUUGUGCUUGUAGUGCAUUUGAUCCAAUGCAUGAGGUUCCAUCAGUUGCAUAUUUGGUAAUCGGGUCAAUUUUUACUUCCCAUGACAUGUAACUCUUGCACCAU